CACUGUUAAACCUAACCUCUAUGUUGCAUUGGUUCUGAUAUGUACAAUAACAAUAAUUAACAAACGUCCAGGUUCGUUCUCUAUUUCAUAAUAGUUCGCGUUAUUAACGUUGUUUAAAAUUGGCGACAAUAAUUCCAUCAAAAUGGCUAAGGCUAAGGAAGCAGUUGUGAAAUCUGAGUCCACGGACGCCAAAAAGAAGUUAAGACCAAGUAAAGUUAAGAGCUUGGCAAAAUUUGAAGCUAAAAAGAAGGCAAGAGCAGCUGGUACAUUGACGAAGAAACCAUCAAAGAAGAUAAACUUAACGAGUGGUACUGCUACGUGGAAAGUAGUAUACAAAAGUGGCACAUGGCGUUUUGUUCACCGGCCUACUGAAGCAAAAUUAUAUGCUAAAGCAAAGGCUGCUGGAAAGCCUAUCGAAUCACCAAAAAAGAAGAAGUCCAUCAUUGUCAAGCCACUUAAAGGUGAAAAGAAUGGUGAAACUCGUGAAGUACACACUGUUAAACGCAAAGCUUACUAUCCAACCUUAAAAACACCGAAGAAGCACAGGUCUCGCGGUUUGUUUAAGGAACACAAACGUAACACUCGUUCAUCGUUGACUCCUGGAACAAUUGUGAUUUUACUAACUGGUGUGCAUAAGGGCAAGCGAGCAGUUUUGUUGAAAACUCUUGAUACUGGUUUGCUUUUGAUUACUGGACCUUUUAUCUUGAAUGCGAUCCCACUUAGACGUGUUCACCAAGGACAUGUGAUUGCCACCAAAACCAAGUUGGACAUUUCUGGUGUGACCAUUCCGAAGGAAAUUGAUGACAAGUAUUUUAAACGCGUCCAGCUGAAAAAGAAACCCAAGAAGAAUGAGAGCAAAAGUCUAUUUGUUUCAAAACCUAAGACUUACCGACCAUCUGAAACUAGAAAGACAGAUCAAAAAACUGUAGAUGCCCAAAUAUUGGAUAUUCUUAAGAAACAUCCUGCUAAGAAAUCAUUUUUCUUGUACCUUUCAUCCAUGUUUGGCUUAAGAAAUAACCAAUAUCCCCACAGAAUGCAAUUUUAAGCAUUUUUUGGCUAUUGGUUAUUUUUAUUUGUAUAAGUACAUUAUCAAUAAAAAUGAUUGUGUAUUUUUA